AUGAGGUUCCUCCUGCCAGCUACACUCGUCCUGCUCCUGCUCUGCCCCCCGGGCACAGGGGUGCGUGAUUACACCUCUGUCCUCUCUGUGCCCAACGGAGGCCACUGGGGCAAGUGGGGCAGCCGGCAGUUUUGCCAUCAUGGCUAUGCCAAUGGAUUUGCACUGAAGGUGGAGCCUGACCAGUUUGGAAGGGAUGACACGGCUCUGAAUGGCAUACGCCUGCACUGUCAGGAUGACAAUACCAUCGAGUCCUUGGUGGGGGAGUGGGGUUCCUGGACCAGCUUCCAAGUUUGCCCUGGAGGCUACCUGAUCGCCUUUUCACUGAGAACAGAGAAGUCCCAAGGAGCGGGUGAUGACACAGCAGCCAACAACAUCCAGUUCAGAUGCUCAGACGAAGCUGUGCUGGUAGGUGAUGGACUGUCGUGGGGCAGCUUUGGCCCAUGGACCAACAGCUGCAAGAUAUGUGGUCUCCAGACCAAGGUAGAGCCCCCACAGGGACUCCAGGACGACACAGCACUCAAUGAUGUAAAGUUCUUCUGCUGCAAAUGA